AUGGUGAUGGAGUAUAAAAUGGAUGGGGUGAAGAUGAGGGAGAAGGUGCUAGGAAAUGAAAAGCCCCACAAAGUCAUGAUCGCAGGUCCUCUGGUUUGGAAGGAAAAGCAAGAAUCACAGGAGGAUGAGGUAUUCUUUGUGGAGGACAAUCCCUCCACUCACACUGUCGAUCUCAUCAUUGUCUCCUUUUUACAUUAUCCGUUGAUGGAAAUGCCCGGGCAUGUACUACUUUCACACAUAUUCCAAGAAUCUGAUGAACGUCCUGCAUCCAAAGGCUCACCACAGAAGGCGGCAGCAAGUUCCAAAACAGAUAUAGCAAAUUGCACGGCAGACGUGGUGGUGGCGGGGGUGAACGCAACUUUGGCUUCCCAAACCUCAAUCCUCAAGGCGACUACCCAGUCCCCGUGCCACGAAAAGGAAGGGGAAGGGGAUCCCAGUGGCAGAGAAGGUAGCUGGACCAAAGGAGCGACCUGCCGGUACUUCAUGAACGGGUUUUGUAGAGAAGAGGACAGCUGCCAAUACUCCCAUGGGCUGUCCAAGGAUCCAGGGUCCAUGGUGUGCAGUAAUCAUCAAGGUACUCAUGAAGACUGCGGCAGAAAUGAAAAUCAGGAGCCUCAGGUAAAUCCCAAAUUACCUCCUCCACCUUCCCAGAGCUUCCCGCCCCUAACCGAUCCUCUCGUUGACUCUAAUAUUGGUGCAGUAAAACCACUGAAUGACAAAUUUGAAGCUAUAGGAGCAAGUACAGACGAUUGGGUCUAUGCUAUCGAGUUUGUUCCGGGCCAGCCCUAUUAUGGACGCUUUGCCCAUCCCUGCAGUGAAGGAUCCCAAAAGGACCAUAUAAUAGAGGAAGACUUCAGGGGGAGUGUAAUGGCGAAGGAACCAGAGAAGUCUAAAGUUGAAGAAUGCCCUUAUGAGGAGAGCCCCUCCAUGUUUCUCGAUGAAGAUUCGUGUGAUUUGUGCGGCCUGCAGGUCUCAAACACUGAGGACGCUACGCAGAGACUAAGACACAUCAGAACCUGCAUUGAGGCCCACGAGAAUGACGUGGAGCUGGCAUUUGCAGUACAGCGCAGCCAACAUCUGGUGUGCGGGAUCUGCAGGGAGGUGAUUUACAAGAAGGCCAAUCCCAGCGAGGGCCGCUUUGGAAUCCUGUCCAACUGCAGCCACACCUUCUGCCUCAAAUGCAUCCGCCAGUGGAGAGGCACCGAGCAAUUUGAGAGUAAAAUCAAGUCCUGCCCAGAAUGCCAAGUCACCUCCAAUUUUGUCAUCCCAAGUGAGUUCUGGGUGGAGGAGCAGGAGGAAAAACAGAAGCUCAUUGAGAAGUACAAGGAGGCAAUGAGUAACGAGCCCUGCCGUUAUUUUGAUGGAGGCCGCGGCAACUGUCCCUUUGGUUCCAACUGCUUUUACAAACACGACUACUUGGAGGAAGAGCCUCACCAUUUCGCCAAGGAAAUCUAG